UUAACCUCAGACUAAGAACGGACAUCAGAAUGCCCUUAUGGCAUUUUGAACAAAAGGCUCAGUGUUCAUGAUUCUACUUGGAGAACCCAAAAUAGCAUUGAGUAAGCACUGACAUAGUGACGUGUUGUGCUACUCAAAGCCCAGCAUCCCUAAAUCAGAGCACAGUAAUUCAUGGAGAGUCUGCGGAGAAGCCUGUGAAACAAGUUAGCUUUUUUUCCUUCUUUUCUCAUGUCACUGCUAAGAAGCCGCAGUUUCAGUUUCUGGAGUCCUAGGAUUUAAGCCUGACAAGAGCUAGGCACAUCCUUUCUCAAUGAGGACAGAGGACAGAGAGAGAAGGCAAAACAGUUACUGACUGGAAUGGAAUCCACAGGAACCAUACAGGGGACUUAAGAUUGUACAGGAGUAUUGAAAAACAAACAGAUUUGGUUUGAAUCAGUCCUGUUCCUCUCUAGAAUAAGAAUUGGAAUCCAAAUACACACCAGAAUGAGUCGCCGCUUCUUGAAACACUGGAUGUUGCUGAAUACUCUCCUAUGGCCUUGCCUUAAAGUUGCAGAGACCUUGAAAGCUGAGAAGGCUCAGAGAGUAGUACCAUCUCCUGGGAGAGCUAAGCGUGGCUGGGUGUGGAACCAAUUUGUUGUACCAGAGGAAAUGGAUACCAUACAACAUGUCGGACGGCUAAGAUCUGAAUUAGACAAUGGAAACAACUCUUUCCAGUACAAGUUACUUGAGACUGGUGCUGGAAGCUUUAGCAUUGAUGAAAGAACAGGUGACAUAUUUGCCAUACAGAAGCUUGACAGAGAGGAACAAUCCCUCUACAUUCUGAGAGCUCAGGUAAUAGACACCACUAAUGGGAAGGCUGUGGAACCUGAGUCUGAGUUUGUCAUCAGAGUUUCGGAUAUCAAUGACAAUGAACCCAGAUUCCUAGAUGAACCUUAUGAGGCCAUUGUACCUGAGAUGUCUCCAGAAGGAACGUUUGUGAUCAAGGUGACAGCCAAUGAUGCGGAUGAUCCUACAACUGGCUAUCAUGCUCGCAUCCUAUACAACUUAGAACGAGGCCAACCAUACUUUUCUGUUGAGCCAACAACAGGAGUCAUAAGAAUAUCUUCUAAAAUGGAUAGAGAGUUGCAAGAUACAUACUGUGUAAUUAUUCAAGCCAAGGACAUGCUUGGUCAGCCUGGAGCCCUGUCUGGAACAACGACUGUAUCAAUUAAGCUGUCAGAUAUUAAUGACAACAAGCCAAUAUUCAAAGAAAGUUUCUACCGCUUCACUAUAUCUGAAUUUGCACCCAGUGGAACAUCUAUAGGAAAAAUUAUGGCCUAUGAUGAUGACAUAGGAGAGAAUGCAGAGAUGGAAUAUAGCAUUGAAGAUGAUGAUUCAAAAACGUUUGACAUAAUCAUUGACAAUGAGACCCAAGAAGGGAUAGUUAUACUUCAAAAGAAAGUUGAUUUUGAACAACAGAGCCACUAUGGCAUUAGAGCUAAAGUUAAAAACCUCCAUGUUGAUGAAGAGCUUGCACCUGCCCAUGUUAACCCAUCCACAACCUACAUUAAAGUUCAAGUAGAAGAUGAAGAUGAACCUCCCGUUUUCCUCUUACCGUAUUACGUAUUUGAAAUUCCCGAAGGAGAGCCAUAUGGAACAAUUAUAGGGACGGUUUCUGCCAUAGACCCAGAUCGAAGACAAUCUCCUAUGAGAUAUUCUCUCACUGGAAGCAACCUGUUUGAUAUCAAUGACAAUGGAACAAUAAUUACCACUAACCUGCUUGACAGAGAGGUCAGUGCUUGGUACAACUUGAGUGUCACAGCUACUGAAACGUAUAAUGUACAACAGGUCUCUUCAGCUCAUGUUUAUGUACAAGUUUUUAACAUUAACGACAACGCUCCUGAGUUUUCUCAGUUCUAUGAGACUUAUGUCUGUGAAAAUGCUGAACCUGGUGAGAAAAUUCAGACCAUCAGUGCAAUCGAUAGAGAUGAGUCCAUAGAAGAUCACCAUUUUUACUUUAAUCAUUCUGUGGAAGAUGCAAACAACUCAAGUUUUACACUUAGAGACAAUCAAGAUAACACGGCUGUAAUUCUGAGCAAUAGAACUGAUUUUAACCUUAAAGAAGAGCCUGUCUUCUACAUGAUCAUCUUGAUUGCUGAUAACGGAAUCCCAUCUCUUACAAGCACAAACACUCUCACUAUACAAGUUUGUGACUGUGGAGAGAGUAGAAACACAGAGACUUGUACUAACAAGGGUCUUUUCUUUAUCAUGGGAUUCAAAACAGAAGCAAUAAUUGCCAUCGUGAUAUGUGUUAUGAUAAUAUUUGGAUUUAUCUUUUUGAUUCUGGCUGUGAAACAGAGAAGAAAGGAGACUCUAUUUCCAGAGAAAACUGAAGAUUUUAGAGAGAAUAUAUUUUGCUAUGAUGAUGAAGGCGGUGGGGAAGAAGACUCAGAAGCCUUUGAUAUCGUAGAGCUAAGACAGAGUACAGUCAUGAGAGAAAAAAAGCCACGGAGGAGCAAGAGUGCAGAGAUCAGGAGCCUGUACAGGCAGUCCCUGCAGGUGGGCCCAGACAGUGCCAUAUUUCGAAAAUUUAUCCUAGAGAAGCUUGAAGAAGCCAACACAGAUCCAUGUGCUCCCCCCUUUGACUCACUACAGACAUUUGCCUAUGAGGGGACAGGGUCAUCAGCUGGCUCUCUGAGCUCCUUGGGAUCCAGAGCCACUGAUCAGGAAGACGACUUUGACUACCUUAAUGACCUGGGACCUCGUUUCAAAAGAUUAGCAUGCAUGUUUGGUUCUGCAGUGCAACCCUACAAUUAAGGCUUUCCAAUAUCAGCAUGCAAUAAUUAUUAAGGUAUAUUUAGAUGAAAUGACAGACUUUUGAGAGAAUUUCCUACUCUGGCUUUCUGUCUGGCAUGAGAUCUGAUUUGUAGAAUUAUGAUCUUCUCAUGUACACACUCAUGGUGACUUCAUAUUCAACACAGAGGCUGGGAGGGAUGCUACUAAUCAGAGUUGACGUACAGCUGCAAAGAAUGAGUACUACAAAACUGAGAUGGUCAUCUGGAAUAUUUCCGUGUAAUCCAAUGUAGAUUGUUAACAAUUCUGAAAGUCAAGAUGAAAAAUGUGUCAAAGAAAGCUGCCCACAUUGUUUUCCAUCUGUCUGUUCUCUUAGAAAGUAUGAAGCCUCUAUGUGCUCUAAGCUCAUGAUACUGUGCAGAGAUCAAUUUUAACAACAAGGGCAAUUCUGAGUGGUUUCAUAAAGGCAUACAAGUAUCUGUUUAUAUAAAUAACCAGUUUUCUUAUUGAGAUCUUAUGCACUAUUUUAUUAGGAAACUUAUAAGAUAUCUGCAGAGAUUACUCUUUAAUAUUCCAAAUUUGGCUCCAUUAAAUAUAUAAUUUAAUCAGAGAUACAUAGUAACUUUUCUCGUUUGAUUACCCUGAGUUUGUACAAAGAAGGAAACCAAGAUAUAUGCUUAGGGGCUCUUAUAGAUUAUUUUUUUUUAGCCACCUCAAAUGUCUAUCCUUUUCUUGUAAAAUUACAAUAAAAAAAUACACGUCAAUAUUUACUUGUGAUUAAAUUAUCACAAGUGUAACUGAUGGAAAUUACAGAAAUUUUUAAGUACAUUUUGCUUUCUACUGAACUUGAGAUAGCUAAAUAACAGCUCUACUGAAUUCAAAUUUGAAUUAUUAUUUACCCGAAAUAUUAUAAUCACCUUCACUGUCUACCACUCUUCACAGAAAUAAAAAUAUGAUGCCAGUCUCUUCAUUUCUUUUCUAUUAUAGAAGCUUAGCAUGUGGCCUACCACCAAGUGCCAUUUUAAAAUUAUUGAAUUAGAAAUAAGAAGCAAUGGAAACUUCUCAUUAUAGCAUUAUGGAGGAACUAAGCCGUCAGUCAUGAAACUUCAGAGUAAAUUAGGCUACAUGGUAAUUGACAAUAAAACACAAUACUUUAAACUGACUUUUAAAAAAUGUUUCUUAUUAUAUACAAAUGAAAAUGGAGUUCAAACUUGAUAUUUCAAUUAGAAAUGAUGUAUUGAACACAAUGGUUUUAAGAUAUAUAAUGUGUCAAUUUUUAUACUGUGUGACCUUGAACUACACUAUGUAUAUGGAUAUAAAAUAUUUCAAAUAAUUUUCUAUGUAGUAAGGCAGUUGAGUAGCUAUAUUUUUCUUUGUAUUGUGAAACAUAUACACUCAUAUAAUAUAAUAAAUGGAAAGAAUAUCAAUUUGGAAUAGGAAUCAUUUUGUUUGUGCCACAGAUAUUACUUAGAAGAUCAUGAAGCAGUCACAUUUGACAUAUAUCAGUUAAGAUAGUAAAGUAGCUGAGACAUUUCCUAUUAUUGUAGGUCAUUACACAUCAAUAGUGUUAUGCUCUUGGCAGGAAAAAUUAAAAAGCAGAAAUGUUACAAAGGAAAAUGUAAAACCUAUAAUUCACCUGGAGAUUUGUGUAUUAGAAAUUUAUUAUUCCUAUCACAAUAUCCUACUGUAAAAGAAUAUUACAGAAAUUAUAAUGAAUAAAAUCACUCUAUGAAUGGCCAUUUUGUAAAUUUUAAAA